ACAGAGAGAGAGAGGGGGAGAGGGAGAGAGAGAGAGAGCAGGCAGCUCCUGUGCGCCACUGAGCAGUCCGCACUGGCUGUAUUCCCUCAUGACGCCUCUCAGAGCGGAUCACUAUGUGGAUGCUGAAGGGAUCCUCAGCUUUGGCUCACCAGCUUCUUACAGAAUGUCGGAAAUGAACUUAACCCUGAAGUUAUGAGACUUUUCUAGGGGACUGAGGAAGAGAUCGGAUUAGAGCUUGGUGGAAAACUCGGUGCUGUGCGUAACGCGGACAGGUUUCUACCUUGAGCUGGGUGUUUUUUUGGGGUGUAACUGCAUUGUGAAUUGGAUGUAACUCUCUUUAGACCUGAUCGUGUAUUGUGUACAUGAUGGCGCGCAGUUUUCUGCUGUGUUUGGCUGCACUGCUGGUGCACGGAUGCGUUUGGGCAGCAGGAUCUUACACACCACCGACACACACUCAGCACGCGCGCGCCGUCAGCAGACACAGGAAUUGGUGUGCCUAUGUGGUGAUGAAAUCUGUUAGUUGUGUUAUGGAGGAUGGAGUGGAGACCUACGUGAAGCCUGAGUACCAGCAUUGUGGUUGGGGCCAGUGCUCUCAGGUUGUGGUAUAUCGGACAUACAGAAGACCGAAGUACAAGAUUGCUUACAAAAUGGUGACAGAGAUGGAAUGGAAGUGUUGUCGUGGUUACUCAGGUGAAGACUGCAGCAAUGGCCCCAGUGGCAACUCACAGUUCAACAACAGUGGAUCUUCUACAUCUGGAUUUAGUACUGGGAAUGAACAGAGAGGUGGAGAAGGUAGAGGGGAGAGUGAUAAAAUCAUACAACUUGAGGAGAAGAUUCAGAGUCUGACUAAAGAACUCCGUGACAUGCAGUCCACCUUACAGGGAGUGAAUCAAAAAAUACAAGAGGAGUCACGUUGGUCACAAGGAGUCCACAUUGGUGGUCAGAACCCUGCUGAUGCAGCCCACCCAGAAAUGAGGGAAACCAUUAACAGCAUUCAGACCAAGCUGGAUCUUCUUGACAACAUGACACAAGUACAUGACAGGACCCUCAUCAGUAUAAACAACCAUCUGGUCAGUAGCAAUAGUGCAGGCAAUGAGCUAGACAGAGGAGGUCAAUACAACACGCUGAAGGAUGAGAUUCUACGGGAGCUAGAACUUCGCAUCACACUGUCCUGCUCUGCCUGCCAGAGCGGAGUGGAGACCGUCCGGCAGCAACAGCAGGAGGACAGGGAGAGAAUCCGUGCCCUGGAAAAGCACAUAAGUGUCAUGGAGCAGCACCAUAGGCAGACAGUGGAGGUCUUGCAGAGGGAGCUGGCCCACUCACAGAGCUGCUGUGACUCCAUUGUGAACCUGGAGAGGCGGGUUGGUGCACUUGAAAAGAAGGUUAAUUCCACUGCAGAAUCAUAUGACAUCCUACAUGGGCGCAUUGAGAAAGAGUUGAAUGGAACUAAUGGGAAUAUAAGACGAGGAAAGGUAUCAGAGGAGAAGCUAAACAGCCGUCUGAGAGAUUUGGAGCGUCGGCUGAACGGAACGGUGAGGAAAGCUGAGCAAAAAUGCUCUCACACAGAGACCAGUAUGAAGGAGCUACUGAAAAGAGAAAUCAGCAAGAUACAGAGCUCUGUCUUUAAUCAAAAUCAUGAUCAUGGCCUUAGAUUUUCUAACAUUGAGCUCGACAUGAGGGACGUAAAGAUUUCCGUUGAUGACCACAAGGAUCGCAUAAGUCAGUUGGAAAACAAGACGUCUGUCUUUGACAAAAAGUUGACGUCAGCAGUUGUUUUGUGUGCAGAUACAUGUGCAGCACAGAGCCAACUAAAUAAGACUGAGGAUACUGUAAAAACAUUGGAAUGGAAAAUCAUUGCCAACCAAGAAGACAUCCAGAGGUUUGACACCAGACUGAAAGAUCUCUCUGUGUCUGGUGACUCCAUGAUGAACCGCAUUUCAGACCUAAGCCACAACGUUCAGGAAAUCACGGCUCUGAUGGGUGAGAAUGGUGAGAAUUUUAAUAAGAUUGUCACAGACGUGGAGAUAUUAAAAAAUAACUGCAGUGUUUGCAGUUCUGCUUUCAGGGACAUAGAGAAUGAACUCAGCAACUUGAGAAACACAACCAUCAGCACCUUUAAGAAAUAUCAAGGUGAAUUCACCAACUUGCAAAGAAAAGUGAACUCUGGUGAAAGUGCAUGCUCACAGGUCUGCUCCAACUUGCAGGAGGAAGUGGGCAAACUUAAAGAGGAAGUAGAGAAAUGCCAGGACCAAUGCCAGAUUAGUAUAACUGAACACCAGAAACACAUUGAUGGUCAGAAAGUCAUAACUAGCACAUUGGGAAGAGAACUCCAGUCCAUUCAAGGUGAGCUCUCAGGAAUCAAGCUGACCUUCAGCUCCAUCAAUGACACCCUGGAGGGACUAGGUAACACCAUUCAGAGACAUGGCAGCAGUAUAACUAACCUGGGUAUUUCGAAGAAUGCAAUCUUUUUACAGAUCAACGAGAUCCAGUCCGGGCUGGAUGAUCACAUAGAGUACAGUCAGGAAGAGUUCAAGAACAUUAGCCACAAUAUUGAGAAAUUCAGUAGCAAUCUGUUGGUGGAGAUAGGUGAAUGCAGACAUGCUGGUGAGGGGCUGGAGAAGAGGCUUUUGAAAAUGGAGAAUGUUUGUGGCAGACUGGAUUCACUUUCAGAGAAUUUGCAGCAGAUAAGGAAUAUAAUAAGCGGACAUGUUUCUGGACUUUGGACCUAUGUUAAUGGGCUCAAUGCUACCGUCAUUACUCAGGAAGAGGCCAUACAUAACAUUGAGAGUAUUCAUUUGGAGAAUAUCCAUGGCAAGAUGAACGAUCUCAACUCCACACUACUGGAUUUUCUGAAAGAAUUCCAGACCUUCACUGAGCAGGACUUUAUUGGACCUCCUGGACCACAAGGAGAGAGAGGUCGCCAAGGUAUACCAGGUCCAACAGGGCCACCAGGAAGACAAGGUCCCCAGGGCAUACCAGGGAGGGAAGGACCAAUUGGUGAGCCAGGACCAAGAGGUGAAGAAGGUCCUCCAGGAGAGGAUGCAAAAGUCCCGCGGCUGUCCUUUUCAGCAGCACUUACACAACCACAGGUCGGUGCAGGCACCGUUGUCUUCAACAAGGUCUUUGUCAAUGAACGGAUGUCUUACAGCCCACGCACAGGCAUAUUCACGGCACCGGUGAGCGGACGUUAUUUCUUCAGCGCAGUCCUGACUGGUCAGAAGAACAUGAAGAUAGAGGCAGUGUUGUCGAAGUCUAACUACGGUAUUGCGCGUGGAGACUCGACCGGAUACCAGCCAGAGGGUUUGGAGAAACCUGUGGCUGAAACAAGAAAUUCUCCAGGAUCUCUGGUCAUUUUCAACAUCAUUCUUCCCCUAGAGGUGGGAGACACUGUGUGCAUUGACCUGGUCACAGGGAAACUGGCUGAUUCCGUCGAACCGCUUACCAUGUUCAGCGGGAUGCUGCUGUAUGAGAAUGUGGAUGCUGUGUUAUAAGGGUGAAAUGUUAUACUUAAAAAAGGAAAAACGGACUUGAUGUUGAAGUACUUUUAAAAAAUAAAUUACAUAAGCAACACUGUUGGGUGACACAUUAUGCAUUAUUUGUUAUAUUCAGGUUUUUUGUGCCACCUGUAUAUAUAUAUAUAUAUAUAUAUAUAUAUAUAUGGUGCAGGAGAGUGCUUUUUUCAAAGGAUUUUGACUCUAACAUUUCUAUUUCAGCAAGUCAGUUAUAUAUGUGUGUGUACUGUAUGUGGGGGUGAACAAAGCUGUGUGUGUGUAUGCUCAAGUCUCCAUUCAAUUUUCUCUGAAAUGGCCAUAAUAAAGUGGUCCAUAUUAUUUUAUGCCUUCAAAACUCCAUAUUUGGGGAGAAAGAUUUUUCCUGUGUGUCUACAAUUCAAUGAGCAAAAACAAACAAACAACAAAAAAAAAAGUUUCGUGUGCUCUGAACAAGACAUUGAUCAUAAAUGUCAGAAGCUAUGAGAAAGCAUGCUUUUGUAAACCACAGAAUGUCAGGGUGCUGCUAUUGGUUUCGUAACUGCUUUUAACUGUUGCCUCAACAAUGAAUUUUUACAAGAUACAUAGCUCACAUAUAUUGCAGCUUUGAAGUUCACAUUGUUUUCAUGAGUUCGCGAGAGGAACAUAAGGAACAUCUUGUUGGUCCGAGACCAGUGGAAACCUUAAUGCAAGGGAUUUUACUUUUCACCAUGACUGUUGUGAGAACAAACACUGACCUCUUGAACUAAAUUAACCCAAAAGAGGGAAAAAAAGGAAAUAGAGCCAGACCCUGUAAAGCCACUGGACUUGUUUCAUUAAACAAUAAUUUUUCAAGGACAUUGCUGGUUCCUUUAUUUGACCUUUGAACUUUGAUCAUCAGUGUGAAUCACUAUGUAUGUGCCACAUAUAUUUUGUUUUAUACUCUAAAUGCCCAUUGUUUCUAUACAGUAUUAUUGUGCAGCAAAUACAGUCUAAGCAAUUAUUUUGUCAUCCAGAUAGUCUGAAGAUGAUCUUUGAAAAUGCUUUUUUUUUUCUCUGAAUGUUGCCAUUUCUAACUUUUUUAACAUUUUGGAAAAAAUACACCUUUAUAGACAUUUA